AUGGGGAAUCAUAAGGGAGACCAUUCACAACGCCGCACUGCACAGUUUUGCACACAACGAUGUCUACUCGGUUUGCAGACCGGGGGUGCUCUAGACGAUCUGUGUCCAAAUGUGGAGCACCAUCGUCGAGGUCAAAAUGACCUUACUCUGCAUCGCAUCUCUGCAGAGGGCCUGGUCAUUUUGUUAAAAAAUGAUCUUGACGAAAAUAUCAACCGUUGCAUUCCCUUUGGCGGCAGUGGCUCAUACGGUGCGCCGUUUAAACUUACUUGCAUGGAGUAUGGCUAUACUGUUGUCGGAAAAGGCACAAUUUCUCGUUUAUGGGAAGAAGUCUCACGCGAAGUAGAGGUUUAUCGAAUCCUGCAGAAGGCUCAAGGAUUAGCCGUACCUGUUUUUCUAGGUACAAUCGAUUUAGCGAAAAAUGUCCUCUGGAGUAAAGAGCUUGGGCGUGCUUUGAUCAUCGACUUUCGCCGCUUUACUUUGAACCGUCGACGUGUAGUAGCAGAAUGA